AUGCCCUGGUCAGAUUUCGCAAAUGCAGACGUGGAUGAUAUCGUCGAGAAGCUCACCACGGAUGAGGCUAUCCUACUCACCGCUGGCGUUGGAUUCUGGCACACGCACGAGAUCGCCCGCCUUGGGAUACCCGCUGUAAAAGUCAGCGAUGGCCCUAACGGUAUCAGGGGUAAUCACUUCUUUAUGAGCACACCGGCAAAGUGCCUGCCUUCUGCCACCGCGCUUGGAGCUACCUGGGACACGGAAUUGAUCGAAGAAGUCGGGUUGAAGUUGCUCGCAGGCGAGGCCAAGCUUAGAGCCGCGCCCGUUAUUCUUGCCCCGACAUGUAACAUCCAACGCAACCCUCUAGGUGGCCGUGCCUUCGAGAGUUUCUCAGAGGACCCGCUCCUAUCCGGCGUUCAAAAAGGCGGCAUUGGGACUUCAAUCAAGCAUUUCGUGUGCAAUGACAAAGAAGACGAUCGCAUGGCAUACGACUCGAUCCUCAGCGAACGCGCGCUUCGCGAGAUAUACCUCAUGCCAUUCAUGCUCGCCCAGAAAUAUGCUCAGCCGUGGUGUUUCAUGACUUCGUACAACCGUGUCAAUGGCACCCACGCCUCUGAGAAUAAGCAUCUCUUGCAAGACAUCCUACGUGGCGAGUGGGGCUUUGAGGGGCUCGUCAUGUCCGAUUGGUUCGGUAUUUACAGCAUAGACUUGAGUAUCAAUGCUGGCCUCGACCUCGAGAUGCCAGGUACCAACAAGUGGCGCAUUCUUGAUCUCAUGAACAGGUCAAUUGGCUCAAGGAAAUUGACCGUCAGGACUGUAAAAGAGCGUGCGCGCAAAGUUGUCGAGCUUGCCAAGCGCGUCGCUCAAGAAGCACCGGAAAUCCUCGAUGGAGAUGGUCUCGAACGUACCGUCGAAAGCGCCGAAGACACAGCUCUCAUGCGCAAAGUCGCAGGAGAAACCAUUGUGUUGCUCAAAAACACUAACACUCUCCUCCCUCUGAACCCCAACAAGAUCAAAAAGAUUGCUAUUGUCGGAGGGAAUGCAAAAGCUGUCGUACUCUCUGGAGGAGGAUCGGCCGCACUCAAGCCGUCGUACUUUGUGUCCCCGUAUGAUGGUAUUACCGCUGCGCUUCCUCAAGGCGUGGAGGUGCUCUACAGUGAGGGCGCUAGCAGUAUCUCUUCACGGCCCUCGGGUGAGCGGGGCUGGACUGGUACCUGGUACGCGCAUCAAGACGACGAGAGCAUGACUGCAAUCAACACGCCCUACUCGACGCGUCUGGUUGACGAGACGAGGAUAUUCAUCAGUACAUCGGCACCCAAGGGCAUCACGAGACGUUGGACGAUGAAACUCGAGGGAGAGCUGAAGCCCCGCGAACGCGAUUGUGUAUUCGAGUUCGGCUUGACUGUUGCUGGAAGGGCCAAGCUCUUCGUCGAUGGUAAACUUGUCAUUGACAACUGGACACGCCAGCGCCGUGGCCAAUCCUUCUUCAGCAGCGGUUCCAUGGAAGAAAAAGGCCGCGUGCCACUCAAAGCCGGCGUCAAACAUCGCAUCCUCGUCGAGUUCUGUAACGUCCGCGCACCAGCAGACGGUGAUGAAGACGAGAUGGUGAUGGACAGCAACCCCGGUGUUCGUCUUGGUGGUGCAGAGGUUAUCGACGAGGAUGUGAAGAUGGCUGAGGCUGUGGAGAUCGCAAAGAAGGCUGACGUUGUUCUUGCAAUUGUCGGCCUGAAUGCGGAUUGGGAGACGGAAGGGUAUGAUCGGAAGACCCUGGCACUGCCUGGACGUACGGAUGAGCUGAUUGAGAAGGUGCUAGCUGUGAACCCCAACACCGUCGUUGUGACCCAAUCCGGUUCAUCCAUAACGCUUCCGUGGGCGGAUUCAGUUCCUGCUAUCCUUCAUUCAUGGUACUUGGGUAACGCGACGGGCGACGCGAUUGCGGACUUGUCCUUGACGUUCCCCAAGAAAUUGGAAGAUAUCUCUGCCCACGGACACUUCCACUCUGAGAAUGGUGUUGUCCGUUACGGCGAGGAUUUGUUCGUUGGCUACAAACACUUCCAGCACAGAGGCAUCAAACCACAGUUCUCGUUCGGUCACGGUCUCUCCUACACAACAUUCUCUUACUCGGACUUGAAACUCUCCGAGGCUGUUCUCUCGAACGGCGAAUUCAGCCUGAACGCCACCGUCACUGUCACAAACACUGGCAAGCUCGCAGGCUCCGAAGUCGUGCAGUUGUACGUCUCAAUGCCUGCUACGUCUGACGUGACGCACCCGCCGUUGCUCCUUCGCGCCUUCCGCAAAGCCAAAGACCUCCAACCAGGGAAGAGCGAGAAGGUGACGUUGACACUGGACAAGUAUGCUGUGUCGUUCUGGGAGGAGAGGAUCGAGAGGUGGGUGGUUGAGAAGGGUGUGUAUGGUGUCAAGGUGGGCAGCAGCUCUGAUGAACUGCCACUGGUUGGCAGCUUUGUACUUAAGAAAGGGUUUGAGUGGAAUGGCCUGUAA